AUGGAGCACUCGACCUACGCAUUUCAAUCAACGUUCCUCGGCGCGAACCCUUCACGGUUGCCGUCACUUUCGCCACUGAAACAUUGCAAAUCGAGUUUCCGCCCAAUAUGGAGGAGGAAUCGGUUCCCGCAAUGUUCAAUGCGUCCUUAUCUGGAGAAGCUUGUGAAACUGGAAAAUCUUACGCUAGACGAUGCCAGAACCGCUACUGAUUACGCAGUGAGUGGUGACGCACAUGACGCCGAGAUUGCAGCAUUUCUGAGUCUUCUCAGCGCUAAAGGGGAGACAGUUGCAGAGGUUUCAGGAAUAGUUGCUUCUAUGCAGCAUCACAUGGUGCAAGUUCAAGAGAACCAUGACGUCCUUGAUAUUGUUGGUACUGGUGGCGAUGGCGCAAAUACGGUCAACAUUUCCACAGCCUCGUCGAUCGUUGCUGCUGCCGCGGGUUGUCGAGUGGCAAAGCACGGUAACCGCUCUGUCAGCUCGAAAAGCGGCAGUGCCGAUGUCUUGGAAGAGCUCGGCGUCCAGCUCUUGCUGUCACCAAAAGGUGUUCUUAACUGUGUCGAUGAAGCUGGAAUCGGCUUUAUGUUUGCACCUAACUUCCACCCGGCCAUGAAAAUCGUCGGCCCGGUGCGCAAAGCAAUGAAGAUCCGAACUGUCUUCAAUGUCAUCGGACCGUUGCUCAACCCAUGUCUCGCGAAAUGUGCUGUAAUUGGUGUGUACGAGUUAAAUCUUCUUGAUUUGAUGGCUGAAGUUCUUAUAUCAACAGGAGUAAAGAGAGCCGUUGUUGUCCACACUGAAGGGCUAGAUGAAUAUAGUAAUACGGGCGUUUCGCAAGUCAUUGAGGUGAAGGGUGGCCAAAAGGAGAGAUACGCAUUUGAUCCAAAAGCCGAGCUAGGGAUGCCAAAAGCGGAGAUUUCAGACUUGAGAGGGGGCGACGCCCGUUACAAUGCGGAUAUCAUCAGGCGCGUAUUGAGUGGUGAACUGGAAGGCCCUAUCACGAAUGCGAUCGCUCUCAAUGCUGGGGUAGGCUGCUAUGUCUAUGGGGUUGCAGAUUCAGUCAAGGAGGGGGUGGACCUUGCAAAAGGCGUGCUGAAAACGGGGAAGCCACUGCAUACAUUGGAAACAUGGGCAGCAGUGUCGCAGUUAUCGAAAGACAUGUAA